GCGACAGAGUGCAAUUGUAAUGUCGUCGCCUGCCACUGACGUGUAGCAUGCGACAAUUCGAGGACAACCUUCCACACAUGUAAUUUACGUUAAAACAUCCCAGAAGACAGUUCAUCCUCAAAUAAAAAUGCUUUCGUUAAGAAGAGGGGUUUUGUUGGCGGUUCAGAGACAGCAUUGCCGGUAUUUCUCUGCGUCACAAAACAACUGGAAUGCCAGAAAAGGUUUGGUAUUGGGCGUGUAUGAUGAAGGAAAAGAGGGUAGCACCUUCCAGCUGACAGAGGCAACUGCAGCCUUUGACCGUGCCCUGUCUGGCAAACUCACCGAGAUGCUGAAAAUAUCUGGGCCACCACUAAAGAAGGGCAAAAACAGGAUAUUCUACGGUGUCCACGAGGAUUUUCCGUGUGUAGCGGUGGUGGGUUUGGGUAAGAACAACGCAGGUGUGUGUGGAACGGAAUACUGGGACACAUGCAAAGAGAACAUCAGAGCAGCAGUGUCAGCUGGUUGCAGGCUGCUCCAGGACCUUGAGGUGAGCCAUGCGGAGGUGGAUGGGUGUGGUGAUGCCCAGUCGGCUGCAGAAGGUGCUGUGCUUGGACUGUUCCACUAUGAUGACCUCAAGACCAAGAAAAAACCCAGAGUCACCACGCAACCACACAGGAGUGCAGACGUGGCAGGGUGGGAGAAGGGAAUCCUAUAUGGUGAAGGCCAGAAUCUGGCCCGUCUACUCAUGGAGGCUCCAGCUAAUUACAUCACCCCUACCGUGUUCGCAGACACCAUCGAGCAGAAACUGUCACCCUACGCUGACAGAGUCACUGUCCACAAGAGGCCUCAGGGAUGGAUAGAAGAGCAGAAAAUGGGGGCAUUCCUGAGUGUGUCCAAAGGCUCGGAGGAGCCCCCUGUCUUCUUGGAGCUGCACUAUAACGGCUGCCCUGACCACACACACACCCCACUGCUGCUGGUUGGCAAGGGGAUCACAUUCGACAGUGGUGGUAUUUCUCUCAAGCCCUCUUCUGGUAUGGAUGCCAUGAGAGCUGAUAUGGGAGGAGCUGCUACUGUGUGUGCCUCCAUUGUCACAGCAGCGGCUCUCAAGCUGCCAAUCAACAUCAUUGGCCUGGCCCCUCUUUGUGAGAACAUGCCCAGUGGGAAGGCCAACAAGCCAGGUGAUGUGGUCAGGGCCAAGAAUGAAAAGACAAUUCAAGUGGACAACACCGAUGCUGAGGGCAGACUGAUUCUGGCUGACGCACUCUGUUACGCUCACAGCUUCAACCCACGGGCAAUCGUCAACGCUGCCACACUAACUGGGGCAAUGGAUGUUGCUUUGGGUUCAGCAGCAACAGGAGUGUUUACAAACUCUGAUUGGCUCUGGAAUGAACUCCACAAGGCCAGUGUGGUGACAGGGGACAGAGUAUGGAGGAUGCCCCUGUUCCAACACUACACCCGACAGGUGACUGACAGCCAGCUGGCUGACCUCAACAACGUUGGGAAGUAUAGUCGGUCUGGUGGAGCCUGCACAGCGGCUGCGUUUCUGAAAGAAUUUGUGACGUCGCCUCAUUGGGCACAUCUGGACAUUGCUGGGGUGAUGAGCAAUAAGGACGAGGUUCCCUACCUAAGGAAAGGAAUGUCAGGACGGCCCACUCGGACAUUGGUGGAAUUUGCUGCCAGGCUGGCUAACCAAUCAUGACACACACUCACAUUGAGAGAGGUGCAUGCAAACAAUGAUUCAAAGCAUAAGUAGCUCUCAUAAACAGGGGCAAAGAUUUUGAGAUUUGUGUCAACUGUAGAGAAGUAUUUCUUAAAGAACACUUUGUAUUGUAUAUUUGAUUAAAAUACAACUGAGUCGA